GAACGAAGAGACGCGUUAGUCUGAGAGCCGGCAAUGCCAGUAAAGUUCGUCGUCGUCGACGUCGACGCGAACGACGAAUUAGAAUAGUCCGAGAUGAGCUAAUUACGAAAAUAGGCGAGAACCGAGUCGACGAAUGCGGUGAACUGGCGAGAGGGGUGACUGCGAGAAGUGUCCGUGAUGUGAUAGAGAAAAAAGUGCACUUUGCCAGCAGUUUUCGUACGCGAGCCGACGCUUUGCCUUUUCGUGUGCGUGUGUUGUUUUUGUGUUUUUUUUUCUUUUUUAAUUACAUAAUAGCGAAGGAAUUUUCCAAAUUGAAUAGUGUCGAUUCGUGGUAAAAAUUUCAUCGUGAGUUAUCGUUGAAACCAUUGUGAAUGCUCGGAAGGUGCAACAUCCGGAUACGUUGAGUUACUAUCGUCAUUCAACCGCACUAAAUCUUACUAUGAUUGAUCUAAAGAUAGAUCUCUGAGAGAGCGUCCCAGCGUCGAGAAUAAACGAUGCACCAUAAAGCGUACGGUUCGGUAACGGGCGACACUUUGUGUCCCCUCGGCUUUCAUCCUCAGGUGCGAUGGCCAACGCGAUGUAAACGCUGUUUCAGGGAUUACAAGGAUCACGUUGGGAAACGAGGGAGCCUGAAAGACACGACAGCAUCGUCGCCGAGCCUCUCGGGAAAAGCAUGGGAAGCAUCCCCAACACGACGCUCGAGCGAGAGCCCGGAGUCGAGGCGGACGUGGGCUUCGACCUCGAAUCUUACGAAGGACGAGAAAAGCCCACAAAAAUCUACCACCUCCUUGACCUGGAGCUCGGCAUUGGACAUCUCUCAAGAUCCACAAGAAUCCUCCGUUGCCUCGGACGCAAACCCUCCCCCCGGCCAGCGAUCGAGGAACUACGCGGGCUCCCAAUCCGACAGCUUCAACUACAGACGCCACUCGAUCGAUGAAACCAUGCUCGAAAGACCCCCGAAACUUCAAAUAAAAAAUGUCAUUGACAAUAGCAAUGGAACCAAUUCGGAUCAUGAUGUUGAAUUCAUUAUACAAGUUAGGAAAUCGAGGUCGAACGAUGUCGCGAGUAAAAACAACGGACCGGGCGACGAGGCACCGCCUGAGAUGUCGGAGAAGGGCGGAAAAACUGAAAAAAACGAGAUUGAGAAACUGAGGGCACAAUUGAGCGACAUGAAAGCGAGAUGCGAGCGUGUGGAGAGAGAAAAGAGUGAUAUUUUGCUGCGACGCUUGGCAACGAUCGAUACAGUGUCCUCCAAAAGCUCCAGCAACGAACUGACCAAACUUCAAAAAACUGUUAAGGAGCUUCAAGCCAAAAACGAGACCUUGUCCGAAGAGAAGACCAGUUUGAUGACCAAAAUAAGAAACCUUGAGAGAGACACGAAUUCUAGACUCGGAAGAAACGAGCGAGAAAAAGCGAGCGAAGAGCUUCGAUCGAAGCUCAAGGCAGCCGAGACACUCUGCGAAAGUCUGAUGGAUGAGAACGAGGACAUGAAGAAAGAAAUACGAGAUCUCGAGGAAGAGAUUUACGAGAUGCAGGAUAAUUUUAGGGAGGAACAGGCCGACGAGUAUACCAGCUUGAGAAAAAGCCUCGAACAGUCCAACAAAAAUUGUCGCAUUUUGUCAUUCAAACUAAGAAAGAUUGAACGCAAGGCUGAACAAUUGGAAACGGAGAAAGGUGACAUCGAGAAAAAAUAUGAUGAGGUUAAGAGGAUAGAAGAAGUGUUGAAAAAGUUUGGCGACGAGUACAAAAAUCGCAGUCAGAAAAAAUCCAAUUCUGAUUACUCUACGAGGGUUCAACUGAAGAAAAUGGUCGAAGACAUGGAGAAAGAAAUUGGUGACGUUUUUGGUAUUUUCGCGAGUAUAAUUGAAGGCAAAGGAUUUGAUGCGACGGCAGUGAAGGGUCCCGAAAACAAUGCAAAGUACGAGAAACUUCUGAAGGAGCACGAAACAGUGAAAUUGAAAUUAGAAAACACAAUGAAGGAAUUAGCGAUCGAGAAGGAGAAGAAGAAAGCAGAGGCCAAGUUGGUGGUCGACAACAAAAACGCCGAUGCUCAAAGUCUGAAGAAAAAAUUGGAGGAUUCCAUGGCGACGAGAGAAUUGGAGAAAAAAUCUUGGGAUUCCGAGCGAGUGAAGCUUCAGGAGGAAAAAGAAAAAUUGAAAUUGAAAUUGUUGUCACUCUCGGCUGAGAAGCUCAAAACUCACAACGAGGUUACACAACUUAAAAAGGAUUUGGAAAUGGCAACGUCCACGGAAACGAACACAGCGAAAAUGGAGGUCAUGGUGAGUGAGCUGAAAAAAGAAUUGUCCGUGGAGAGGGACAAGUCUAAAAAGUUCCAAGACGAUUUGUACUCGUCGACGGACCGAGAGAGCCGAAUGUCCAAGACAAUCGCCUCAGUGGAACAAACGAAAGUUCUGCUCGAAGGGGAACUCAAACGCGCGAAACAAGACUUGGAAACAUCCAAGUCUUCGACGUCCUUCAAACUCGCUAAAAUAACAGCCGAACUAGCAGAAGUCAAGAAGGAACGAGACACUAUUAAGGCGCAAGCGGAAGAAGAGAAAUUGUCGAAAGACACUGAAAUCGGAAGCUUGAAAAAGAAAAUGGCCUCCUUGGAAAAGGCUGGACUCAAUGCCAAAAAAAUGAACGAAUUGAAGCAAAGCUACACCGAUAGAAUAUCUCAUCUCGAGGACGAAGUGAAGCGAAACCUCGAGAGGUACGACGAAUUGAACGGGAAGCAUGGAAAGAUGCUCGAAUCGCGUGAACGUCUCGAGAACGAGAAUCAGACACUAACCAGCAAAUUAUCCGAGCAAAAGGAACGCUUUGUUAGACUCGAGAGCGAAUUAAAGACACUCCAAGAAACUCACAAUUCGCAAAUGAGUGCUUGGACCAAGGAGAAAAGUCGACUCGAGGACAAAUUACGAGAGCUGGAAAAAUCUCAGAGCAAUUUCCAGCUGACCGAAGCUAAGGAGGAAAUAAAUCGUCUUGUUAAAGAGAACAAUUCCCUGACCGAUCAAUUAUCCGAUUUGAGGAAAAUGAACGAAGAUCUCACGAGCAAACUAAAAGAUUACAAUUCGGUAUCGAAAGUCCAACGUAACUUUACAGCUGACACCGAUGCUCUUGAGGCCGAACUUCGUCGUACCAAGAACGCGCUUGCCAAUGCCGAGAAAUCGAAGAAGGCCGAUAUGGCACAGUGUAAAUUGCGCUACGAGCACAGGAUUAAGGCGAUAAACGAUGAGAUACAGUCGAUACAGAAUCAGCUAUCGAGAUACAAGAGAGAACGUGACACUUACAAGCACAUGCUUGAGGGCGCUCAGAAAACUAUCGCUGAUCUUAAAGUCGUUAGGCAGAGACGACAGUCGACAACAUCCACAGGAAAAUCCGACGAGGACGACGAGAAUUCAUCAACGACAAAUGUCUCGGUUCUCGAGAGACAAAUAAGCUGCAUGGAGGACGAACUAUCCGAGAGCAGGCUCGAGGCAUCCAAGCUCAAGACCGAGCUCGUUUCCGAGAAGUCUGGCUGGCAGAUCAAACUCGCCGAGAUGCAGUCCAGAAUCAACGAGCUGGAAGAAGAACGUUUACUCGCAAGUGGAAGAACAAAGAUUCCAGGUCUAAAAGUUCGCAUGGAGUUGGCCUGGCAGAAAGAACGAGAGGAGCAGCAGAGAUUGUUGCAGGAGACUGCAACUCUGGCGAGAGAUCUCAGGCAAACUCUGUUCGAGGUCGAGAGGGAGCGUGACAAGGAGCGUCUUGAGAACAAGAGACGCCAGGAUCAAUUGAAGAAAGUAUUCGACGAGGAGAAAGACGAAAACAAGAAGAAACUGGUGGAACUGCAAUGCGAUCUUCUCGAGCUGAGAGACGCUCAUGCAAAGCUGCGAACAAGCAACGAGAAGAUGAGGAGAGAAAAGGAGCGUCAUGAAAGGGAACGCGAGGAACUUCGCGACGUUAUCAGCAACAAGAGACGUCUCGAGCAAGCAGAGGCGAGGAACAUUAACGUUUUGCUUCAACAGGUCGACGACUUGAUGCGUCUCUUUCCGGAGCUCAGCACCAAUAGGACUGACGGAAAAAUGCCUGAUACUUAUACUCCAACACCGCCACGAAGAACCAAGGGACCAAAAUCGAGGGAAUCUUCGCCGAUGUUGGAGGGAAAAGACGAAAUCAGAGGUUCGACAACGAACUUGGCAGGAAGGACGGAAAAACUUGAAUACACGAUUGGCAAGCUCAUGGAAGUUGCCAAAGAGCUCCAAGACUCGAAGAAAGCGAUUGACGACAGCAAUUCUUCGAGAUCCAAGAAGUUUGGCAAACGGUCGACCUCCAUCGAUAAUGACAGUGGAAGAGGGUCGACCCCGAGUCGAGGCAAGCCGAGCUUGAAACGGAAGAGUUUGUCGUUGGAACAAACUGCUGGGAAGAAUGAUCAGCUAAUCUGGGGCACGGACAGUAACGUCUCGAGCAUGCAGUCUCUGGAUUCCGAGGUCGAUUCCCGUCACUUCAGUAUGCAGAGGGACUCGAGCGUCGACAGUCGACUCUCCGGAGGCUCUACGAAGAGCGAAAUGCUCCAGAGGGACAAGAAAUACAAUAAAAACAUCAUUCGUAAAAUCACGACGAAACUAACUAAAUCAGCGAGCGUUGACGAUCCGAAUGCGUCGUUCGAUUAUUCCAUGCAGACCUCCGGUUCCGAGGCCAGCAUCACUGCGGACGAGGCGAAGCACGAGAAGAGAAAUUUGAAGAAAAAGUUGACGGACAUGUUCAAACGAAGUUCAAGAAGCAACGGUUUGGAUAAAAAAAUGGACGAUGCCAGCAGACCAUCUUCGAGGGCGUCGAGCAGAUCGAAACAGUAAAAACGACUCCAAAUUCAGUCAACAACGACGAUAAACAAACGACGAAUUCGCAAUGAUGAUUAAACACUGAGCAAUGAAGCGCAGACUCCUCAUUUUUUCUUCUCCAACAGAAAUAAAGACUCUCGAUAUCCGUAAA